UUGACAUUUAGUAUCAUUUCACGUGCGUGAACUUUAAAGUGAUAAAAAAUGGGCAAAUUUAGGACAAAAUUAAAGGGGCAAACAAAGGGGAAACGAUGGCCAAAGGGACACAGUUCGAGUUCUAACCCUGAAACAAAGAAACAUCGGGAUCAGGCUAAAGGACGAUUUUUUCAGCCGAAUAUAGGUUCUAGUACAUUAACUUUAGAAGCUUUACGACGACAUGAUGCCGUUCAAACAUGGACAACAAAACCAGAAAAUGUUAAAUCGGAAGAAAUGGACGAAGGAAGUGUUUCGAGUUACAGUUCUUACCAGACGAUACAAUCUUUUGCUUCAGAAUGGUCCGAUUGUAGUAAUAUGUCUUAUAACAGAUUUUUGAAGGUGUUUAGGUCUGAUUCUGCUUUGCAUAAAGAAAUGCUGGCAAUUUUAGCUGCUAUCGCCGAGGUUAUUAAACAGAAUGGUGGUACUGAAACAAGCACUGAAUAUUAUUGUUCUUUGUGGACUACUUUAGAAACAAUAUUGGAAUCUGAUGAUAAGAACGAUAUGCAAGUAGCUGCUACUUUAGCAUUAAUUGAUAUGGGUGUACGUCAAGUACCUGUCGCAGUGUUAAGGAAAAAUUUUGAAGAUAUAUCUGAUGCAUUACUCCAAAUUUUAAAUGAUUACAUUAGACAAGAUAAUAACAUUAUUAUAAAAUCAACAAUCGGCAUUGUUUGUGCUUUAUUAAGAUCUUUAGAUUAUUUAUCAUGGAAUCAAGAGAAGCCUCAAAAAUUAUUUGAUACAUUAAUCAACCCUUUUAGUAUUCACAGCAAACCAAAAUGGAGAAAAUCAGCUCAAAAAGCAAUUUCUUUAGUGUUAAUGUCUGAUUGCUUUCAAAAUGAAAAAAUUAAUUAUCCAGCUGAAAAACUCGCCGAAUUUUGUGAGGAAACUUUAAAUGGUUGUUUAGGAGGAACUUCAAGUGUAGUUUUGGUUUCUUCACUUCAAAGUAGUGAAACAACAAUUUUACAUAGUUUAGGGUUACUUAAAGAAACGAUAUCUCAUUUUUCAAAGACCCACAUUAAGAAAUGCUCUGAAAUAAUUCUACGUCUUUUCAAUUUACACAAUCACUUAAUCACAUCGUGUGGUUUACAAGUUUUUCACUCAUUAUUUUCAACUCAAAAAGCUGUCGUUCCUGCUAAAUUAAACGCUCAAAUAAUAACUGCUUUAUAUGAUUACAAACCGCCUUUAACUGAUGUCCAACCCAAUUUAGCUUGGCUUGUUGUAAUGAAACAAGCCCACAUUCAUCUAGCUGAUGUUAAUUUGAAUUUAUGUAUUGAAAUUUUACCAAAACUUUUUUCAACGGUCACUCAAUUAUGGCUCAGUGAAAAACCGGAAAUAUUAACGGCUGUAACUCAUAAUUUAGAGGCUUUAUUACAAGAUGCGGUCGCUCCAAUGAUGGAUAAUGAGGGGUUAUUAAAAGAACAACAACCUAAAAUUGCGAAAUGUUUUGAAACCAUCGAAAAUUGUUUGGGUUAUCAAUAUCAUACCGCUUGGCACCAAGUUUUGCAUGUAAUUGGGAUUAUGUUUGAAGUUGCUGGUAAAAAUUGUAGCGAUUUAUUACUGAGUUGUUUAAAAUCGUUAUCUGAAUUGAGAGAUUCGUAUAAAUUCAGUUAUAAUAGUGAAUUAGAACACGCUAUUGGAGCUGCAAUAAGAUCGAUGGGACCUGAAAUUGUUUUAAAUGUAAUUAGCUUAAAGAGAGAAAAUGAUGAAUUGAAUUUAGACCGUUCAUGGAUCUUACCAGUUUUAAAAGAAAACAUUAAACAAUCAACUUUAAAUUUUUGGAUUAAUGGCAUUUUACCUUUGGCUAUCUAUUGUAAUCGCCGAUCGAUGAUGUUGGCAGAAAAAAAUGAUGGUAUUGGUUCUCAUAGUUCAGAAUUAUUAUAUUUGCAAUUGUGGAAUUUAUUACCAAGCUUUUGUAACGCUCCUACGGAUAUUAAAACAAAUUUUAAGAACAUUGCCAAAGUCUUAGGAACAGCUAUUUCUGAACGCAAAGAACUAAGAUUAUCCGUAAUGGCUUGUUUAAGAAAAUUAAUAUCUUUUGCCAAAGAAAAUGAAGAUAAAGGCGAUUUAAACGAGUUAUCCAGGUUUGAUAAAAAUUAUCUUCCGAUACUUUUCAAUGUUUACACAACUAAACCAAUCGGAACUGACGAAGAAGGGCAACGUUUAGCUGCUUUAGACACAAUAAAAGUGUAUUUAUCGAUUUCCAAGCCGGAAUUAAAACACCAACUCUUUAAAAACGCUUUAGAAAAAAUGGAGUCAUCAAACGAUCAACCAGACCAAUCCUUUUUAAAUGAAAGCAUCAUGGAUUUGAUUCGAGCUCUUAUCCCGUAUCAAAGUGUAGAGGAGAUAACGAAUUUAUACGAAAAUUAUAUCAAAAAAUUACCGGAAAUUAAAAAUAAUCGAGAGCAGAAGAAAUUGUAUCGCAUUUUAGAGGAGAUUUGCGGAUGUGAAAGCGAGGGUUGCAAAGAAUUCCUUAAAUCAAACCGAAAAACGGUUCAAAGCCUGUUAAAAAAAUCGUUAGAUUCCGCUGCUGUUUCAAGUAAAGCGGCGAGAUUGAGAUGUUUCAGUUAUUUAAUUCAAUCCCAACCUCAAUUAGACCACGAAAGCGGCUUAAUUAAAACCGUCGUACCUGAAGCGAUUUUAUGCUGUAAAGAUAUAAAUGAAAAAUGUCGCGCUACAGCCUACGAUCUAUUACGUACAAUCGGUUUAAUUCUACAAAAUCACGAUCAAUUACAAGAAUUUAUAAACAUGUUAAUUGCCGGUUUAGCUGGAACAACAGAAAUGAUUAGUUGCACAAUUUUAGCUUUAACGUCCGCGUUACAUAACUUUUCCGGUGCUUUAGGAAAAGAUAACAUCCAAAACAUUUUAGAAAACAUCUCUAUAUUAAUGACAUCAAAAACCAGAGAAAUCGUAGCUUCUUGUUUAAGUUUUAUUAAAGUCUACACUUCCACAUUGCCAAGCACUGUAGUUGGAGCAUCUUUAGGGGAAAUCGUUAAAGCUUUAUGUAGCAUGACCGAAGAUUGUAAGCGCCACUUCCGAUUAAAAUUAAGAGAUAUUUUCGAUAAAUUCGUACGAAAAUACGGCUGCGAUGCUAUAACUCCUUUCGUACCAGAAACCGAUACGAUUAUUUAUAAGCGAUUAAGAAAUCUAAGGAAAUUAAACGCGCGAAAAAAGCGGAUGAAAGACGAAGCGAAACGAAAGGAUACCGAAGAAAGUGACGAAGACGAAGAAUUUUUAAUCAAAUCUAAACCGAAAACUGUCGAGGAAAUUUUAGCCGACUCAGAUUCCGAUUUAGACGAAAUCGAAACCAAAUCGAAACAAAAAUCUUUGAAAAAGAAACCAAAACCAACGUGGAUUUCUGAAGACGUUGAUGAUAUAAUUGAUUUUAAAGAUCCGAGCACAACCAGUAAAAUAACCGCUGCGAAACCGAUUCAAAACGAUAAACAAAUCGUUCAAGAAGAAAAGAAAAAAGAUCGCGGAUUUAAAACAUCUUCAGAUGGGCGAUUAUUAAUUACCGAUGACGGCGAUUCAAAAAAUGAAAAAAAAACCUUCGGAUUUAGCUCAGAUUCCGAUGAAGAUUCUGACGAUGAUAAACGUAAAACAGAAGCUAUUUUAAUUGGGGGUCGUAAAAGAAAACGAAGCGAAGCUGGAAGUGUUAAAAGUGGAGUUAGUUCGAUGAGUCAAAUUAGUAAAUAUAAACCGGGCGGAUCUGGAAUACAUAGAGAGGUUAAAGCAAUUAAUAAUCCGGGAUCUGAGUAUAAAGCGAAAAAAGCUCGAGGAGAUAUUAAGAAAAAAUCAAAGGUUGAUCCGUAUGCUUAUUUACCGUUAAUGCGGAGUGCUUUAAAUAAAAGGAAGAAGAUGAAAAAUGCUGGUAAAUUUAAAAAUAUUAUUGGAGGUGCUAAAUCUGGCGUUAAAAAAGGUUUAAAGGCCAAGAAGAGAAGUAAAUAAAAUUAGGAAAUAUGAAAUACGGAAUUAUGAUAUAUAA